UGCCCGUGCAUUGCAGACUGCAAUUUGCGGUCUACAGUACGGGCACAGAGCCCUUACGUUCGUGUGAACGAGCCCUAAGUAAAAAAAAAUAUAUGAAAAGUCACAUUUGUCCACUGAAUAUCCUACUGAAUGCUGCUGUACAGAGGUUACAGCGACAUGGCUGACCAUACAUCUCACCGUACAUAUCACUAAUACAUAUCACCGUACAUAUCACCAUAUAUAUCACCAUACAUACACUAUACAUAUCACCGUACAUAACACCAUACAUAUCACUAGCACAUAUCACCAUACACGUCACCGUACAUAUCACCGUACAUAUCAUUAUAUAUACACACCAUACAUAUCACCGUACAUAUCACCAUACAUAUCACCGUACAUAUCACUAAUACAUACACUAUACAUAUCACCGUACAUAUCACUAAUUCAUACACUAUACAUAUCACCGUACAUAUCACUAAUUCAUACACUAUACAUAUCACCAUACAUGUCACCAUACAUAUCACUAGUACAUAUCACCAUACAUACACUAUACAUAUCACCAUACAUAACACCAUACAUGUCACCAUACAUAUCACUAGUACAUAUCACCAUACAUGCCACCAUACAUACACUAUACAUAUCACCAUACAUAUCACUAGUACAUAUCACCAUACAUACACUAUACAUGUCACCAUACAUAUCACUAGUACAUAUCACCAUACAUGUCACCAUACAUAUCACCAUACAUACACUAUACAUGUCACCAUACAUAUCACUAGUACAUAUCACCAUACAUGUCACCAUACAUAUCACCAUACAUGUCACCAUACAUAUCACCAUACAUGUCACCAUACAUGUCACCAUACAUAUCACUAGUACAUAUCACCAUACAUGUCACCAUACAUACACCAUACAUAUCACUAGUACAUAUCACCAUACAUACACCAUACAUAUCACCAUACAUAUCACCAUACAUACACUAUACAUAUCACCAUACAUAUCACUAGUACAUAUCACCAUACAUGUCACCAUACAUAUCACCAUACAUAUCACCAUACAUAUCACCAUACAUAUCACUAGUACAUAUCACCAUACAUGUCACCAUACAUACACUAUACAUAUCACCAUACAUGUCACCAUACAUACACUAUACAUAUCACCAUACAUAUCACUAGUACAUAUCACCAUACAUGUCACCAUACAUACACUAUACAUAUCACCAUACAUAUCACCAUACAUAUCACCAUACAUAUCACUAGUACAUAUCACCAUACAUGUCACCAUACAUAUCACCAUACAUAUCACCAUACAUAUCACUAGUACAUAUCACCAUACAUGUCACCAUACAUACACUAUACAUAUCACCAUACAUGUCACCAUACAUACACUAUACAUAUCACCAUACAUAUCACCAUACAUAUCACUAGUACAUAUCACCAUACAUAUCACCAUACAUACACUAUACAUAUCACCAUACAUAUCACUAGUACAUAUCACCAUACAUAUCACUAGUACAUAUCACCAUACAUAUCACCAUACAUACACUAUACAUAUCACCAUACAUAUCACUAGUACAUAUCACCAUACAUAUCACCAUACAUACACUAUACAUAUCACCAUACAUAUCACUAGUACAUAUCACCAUACAUACACUAUACAUAUCACCAUAAUAUCACCAUACAUACACUAUACAUAUCACCAUACAUGUCACCAGUACAUUUCAGCUCAGCUGCUCUCAAACUACAACUAGCAGCAAGGCAUAGACUAGAAGGACUGCGGAGG